AUGCCGAAGUCAAGCUGGAGGGCCUUGUUCCUACUCGUUCUUCCAUUAAUUGCGAAUUGUGGCGCUUACUCAACACCAUCGCCAAUACAAGCUGUACCAUACUCUCCAAGGGGACACUCCAGCCCACCUUCCCGGCAACUAAGGGCGGUAUCAAAGAAAGCGGAUCUUAUUAGUCGAGACCAGAGAAUUCAAAGGAGAUUCACAGCCGACCUCCGUUACGCCGAAGCUGAAAACCAAUACGGCGACAGUUCGGCCUUUGUGUCAUCCGUUCAAAUCAAGUCUGAAGCCCCAAUCCUAGUCUUGGAGGACAUCGAACAGUUUCUCAGCCAUAUUCGUUGUACCGAGUCUACGAUUGAACUCCGCUUCGAUUCGCCAAAAGACGCUGAAGCUACCAAACAUGCAUGCCAUCACGAAAAUGGUGCCUUUGCAGUCACAUCUCACUUUACAUGCAAUGCUGAAGGAGAGCGUUCAAUAUUCAAAGUGCAUGGCUUGACUGUCUCAGAAGACGGCUCAUCACUCGUGAUGGAAGUCACACGGACCCCAUUCAAAGAGGCCUUCCGCACGUUCGAAAUCGAGUUUGGACAUACCAACGAGCCUCAUUUGUUUCGUCGCCACGAUCGUGUGCUCCGCCGGGAGUCUCCAUCUAGCGCCACCACAGAGAGCCAUGCAGUCCAAACUGUCCAUACUACUUCUACACGCCUUCAUACCCUUACGUCGACCAUUACUUCAGCACCGAAUAUUACCGCUAUACCGUCCCUAGUAGUGCCAUCCACGGCAGCAUCAACAGCUACUUCCGCUGUCAUAGACCUCUCAUUCCAAGAACUUGAUACUACGUUCCCUACGAUUCCAAACAACCCAUUGAGUCAAUUACCCUUCACAAUAGGGUGUAAAAACUGCACCACGCACGGGUUUCUGGUUCUUUCGUCUGGAAAAUUUACCUUUGACUUUAAUGUCCUCGAUGGGGAUGGAGGCGCCUUUGAUAUCAUCCAAGCUGGAACAAUCGAGCUUCAACUCAACAGCUUCUUUGCGCAUGUCGAGCUCAGCUCGCAGCCUUCACACUCUGCGGCUUUUCAACACUCGCUUUUUACGGCGCCUGUCGUAGGGUUUGUUAUCCCAGGAAUCGGACAGGCUGGCAUAGUUUUCGAAGCGGUCGUUGCUAUAGAGUUCGCGAUCAACGGUGCAGUCGAGCUAACUUACGGCUUUGACCUCGAAACCCCAACCGGCUCCUCCAUUAAGGUCAACUUUGGAAACCUAACCCAAUCCAACAUGAAAGGCCUCGUCCCAACCACCACCCUCCUCCCCUUCACCUUCAACACCACCGACGUCUCCCUCUCCGUAACCGCCGCCUUCCGCCCCACCAUCCCCAUUAGCUUCUCCUUCGCCCAAAACACCAUCGGCGACCUCACCGCCGAGGUCUCCGUCUUCCUGGACCUCCCCUCCCUCUCCGCCACCAUCUCCACCCUCUCCAACGCCUCCACCGACGCCGCCUGCAACGCCCUCAACUCGACCGACUCCACGCUCCCAGCUACCUACAACAACACCGCCCUCCCCGCCUCCACCAUCAACGACGUGCUGCACAACCUCGGCCCCCUCGUCCUCAUCGAGCCCGCCGUCGGCAUCGACCUCGUCGUCGGCGCCGACUUCAAGGCGCAUCUCGGCAAAGUCGCCCUGCCGCCGGCGCAGACGGCGCUGACGGUCUUCGCGACCAACUUCUCGCUGCCCACGGCGUGCUUGGCGGCUGCGUCGGGCUUCUCGCCCGCGACGGCGGUGUUCGCGGCUGCCACGAGCAGCAUCCUUGCUGAGUCUGCGGCGGCGGCGUCGGCGUCGAGUGUGAGUGCGAGUCUGGCGGCGGCGGCGAGUGCGAGCGAGAAGCAGAAGGGGCAGGGGACGGGUGCGGCGAGCCCGACUGCGUCGGGGUCCGGGGGCUGGGUUAUGAAGCACGAUGAACGGGACAGCGAUCUAGCGGCUGGGAUUUUCGCAUUAUGGAGCUUGGAGUUCGGAGUGUUUAGAAGGGGGUUGAGGGCUUGGGUAUACCAUGGGCCAGGCGUUUGCGGAAGGAGAUAA